AUGGAUUUUGACGAUUUAAUUAAUAAUUUGCGUCAAUUUUUGUCAAAAGAUUUACAAAAUGGAAAUGAAUUUGGGGAAUUUUUAAUUUUAAAUUGUUCUCCUGAAAUGGCUAAAUAUGUUGGAAUUUUUAUUGUUAAAUAUUUGGUGGAAGAUUGCUGUAAAAAUAAUAAAAAAUAUUUGAAAAAAGGAAUUCUCUCAAAGUUAUUUACUUCAUUAUUUAAUACUCCAAUAUUUAAAUAUUUUUAUAAUGGAAUUAUUUUGUCUUUUGAACGUUAUUUUGAAUGUAGAAAUAAAUUAAGGAAUUUAGAAGAAAUUAAAGAAGAAGAAAAUUCUUUUUAUUUUUUGGUUUGGCAAAAUUUUAUUUUUUUAAUUUUUGAAUUGACACAAAUUUGUAAUGAAGGUUUUUUUAAUUUAAAAUUAUAUUUAAAAUAUUUAUUUUUAGAAGGAAUAAUUAUUUUAAUUUUUAAUAUUUUUGAUUAUUUACUUAAUGAGCCUGUUUUGAAUUCUUUGAAGAUUUUUGAGUUGGAAUCAAUUUUAUCUCUUUUAAUGAUUAUUGGCCACCGUUUAGAAUUAGACUAUCCACUCCAAACAGACCAAUUACGUAUUUUAUUACGCAAUGCUUCUUUAAAUUCAACAGAAUGUUGGGCACGAAAAAUGAUUUUAUUAAUGGUGGAAUUGGGGGCUGUUAAUUGGAAAAUUGUUCCGCAAAUUGAAGAAUUUUAUUAUACUUUGUGAAAAACAAUUUUUGAAUUUAAUUCUGUCAAUUAAAAUUCUCUUUUAUUUAUGUAUUUC